CUUCCCUGCCAUAGUUAAACUGAUCCCCUAAACGGAGCCUAACAGAAGGCUUGGGACGAGGCUUGCUGGAGAUCUCAGCUCGCGCACCAGGAUUGGUGUUUUUUCUCUCUUCAUUCUCUACACUAUCCCCAGACCGUACACGCCGUUUUGCGACGUCUGGAUGCAAAUGUCGUGCAGCUCAGCUUGGCUCUAACCGACGUCGGCACCGGGGCAAUUAACUUUGUCUCGCUGCACGAUCAUCUUCAUGUCACUCUUUCAACCAGCACCAAUACACUCGAGCCGCUCUGUCUCCGAUCAUUAUUCCUUUGGAGCUGCCCAAGACGACCUCAGACACGCAUUCCGAACAACCUGAUUUCCUUAUCCGCACUCCUUCCGUUCCGUCUUACCGAUUUAGAUUUAGCUAGCGUUCACACCGACUCUCCUUCGUCCUGCCGUCCACACAUUUUCCUGACGCCGUCGCCCAACCUCUCCGAUAUAGCUUCCCACUCGGCCUCGUCCCAACCAGCCCAUGGCGCAGAGCGAUGGCAUCCACUCCCUCGAGCCGGAUUAAGCUUACCCCUUCCAAUUCUCCGUUCCUUUCACGCCCGUCCCGAUCUCCAAUCCGACCGCGGGGCCCAUACGACCCCUGCCUCUCUCUUCAGCGCGUUGUAGGCACCACUUGCACCUCGCCCACCGGGUUCGACGCCGUCCACUCGUCCUUCGCCUACAUCGCCGGCGGCGCCGUCGUGGUGGUGGACGUGUCGGGCGAGCACUACGCGCAGCGGUUCUACCGAGCACGACCGACAGCCGUUCCCCUCCUCAGCGUCUCACCCACCUCGAACACCUCGUCGACGCCAAACUCCACUCCCAAACCCGGUGACAGCAGAAAUCGGACUACUGCUUCUCCCAGGGACUCCCUUUACGCACCAACCCCGGACUGGCCGCCGGAGUCGCCCACCUCCAAGACCUGGACGAGCCGCGAGCGGAUCAAGGCUGCCACCUGUCUGGCCCUCAGCCGAGAUGGACGGUACCUAGCCGUGGGCGAGACGGGCUACGCCCCGCGGGUUCUCAUAUUCAACCUCCAGGACGCUUCCUCAGACGUGCCCCUGGUUUCCAUCAGCGAACACACCUUUGGCGUGAAGGCCGUGGCAUGGUCUCCCGACACAAAGCAUCUGGCGACGCUUGGCGCAGCGAACGACGGUUUCCUUUACUUGUGGAAGGUUGACGCCCGGACCGGCGCGGUGAAGCUGUUUCAACAGAACAGGUGCACCUCGUUUAUCAAGGGCAUGGUGUGGAUGGGCAACAGCCUUAUCACGCUAGGGGUCCGCCAUGUCAAGGUGUGGAGGGUAGAGGACGGGCUGGAAGUCCCUCCUUCUGCCAAGCAAAAGUUCCCGGCCGACACGCCGGCUGCCAACGCGCCACAAACGCAAAAGACGUUACCGGGAAGGAACAUACUGCUGGGUUCGAUGCUGGAUGCCACCUUUUCCUGUGCCCUCUCCGUAUCAGACGACAGGGCGAUCAUCUGCUCGGAGACGGGAUGUGUCUGUCUGAUAGACGAUGCGAACAAGCAGGUGAAGCUGACAAAAGUGCUGGAAGUCGGCUUCGUCAUAACCUGCAUAUCUCGCCGGGGAGAAGACGUCUACAUCGGGGGAAAGGAAGGGCAACUUGCCAUUGUCGGUCUCGGCGAUAUUUUGAGUGGCGCGCCCGAGCCGACUAUACGCCGCUCCGAGAUGGAGGCCGGUCUCAGUGCCAUGGGAUUCCUGGCAGAGAACCAGAACCUGGUCACGAUCAGCAGCAGGCGAUCGAUCGGUAUCUGGAGUGCGGGUCGCGUACCGAGCAGCUCCGAAGACGGCAGAGCGUCCAUUCCUAUCCCGGGUGUUGGCGACCCCAUUGCUGGGAUACAACAGCUCCCGGCGCCCAAUGCCGCCGGCGCUGCUUUCUUCACGUGGUCGAGGCCCGGGAGGGUGACCAUGUGGAAUUUGGACGGCGUGAUAACGUCGUCCUUUGAGCUCCCUCUCGAGCAGGUGGGGACAGCUUCCGACCCUGACCAGGCCAAUCAAGUCGUCGUGGCGAGAGCUACGAGCGACGGAAGCCUCUUCGCUGCGGGUGACAAGCUGGGUGUCCUCCGAAUCUUUGAGGCGCCCACCGGAACGUGUCUGUUAGAGACAAAGGCACACUCCUCCGAUUGCCAGGACGUCACCGUCUACGAGGGCACGUCAAGGUUCCUCGUGGCCUCCUGCGGGCGAGAUCGGACGGUUCAGCUGUUCCACCGCUCGUCCGCGGGCAUGUUUGAACACUUUCAGACUCUCGAGUUCAGCGCCAAGGUGGUGCAGGUGCUCAUCCCAACCGAGGACAAGGUCCUUACUUGCUCCCUCGACCGGACCCUCCAGAUCCAUGAUCUAGUGAGCAAAGAGGGCGAGCCCGACGUCAUGGCGGCCAUUCCCUCCAGAGUGAUCUCCCUGAAGGCAUCCCCGUCGUCAAUGACGGUGACGGCGGACGCGAAAGCGAUUUUUGUGUCUCUGCUAGAUCGUUCUGUAUGUCAGUACGACUUCAGUAGCGGACGACUACUCGGCUCGUUCAAGUGCAAUGACGAAGCCGGCCUUGACUCGGUCGUGCUGGAGUCUCUCACUCACGGUCACUUUGAUCCGGACCUGCCGUUCCUUCUCGGCGUUUCCAACACGGACAAAUCCGUGCGAGUCUACGACACGCGGGAAGGCUGCUUCAUGGACCGCGAAUGGGGCCACACCGAAUCGAUCAACGGCGUCGUUCUGAUCGACAGCGAAGAGUAUGGCCGCAAGGUCGUCAGCGUCGGCGAAGAUGGCACCAUCAUGAUCUGGGCCCUCGAGUUCCAGGACCAAGCCAACGGAUCGCGCAGCCGCGAACCCUCCCCGGAAAAGACCCCCCAGCCAGCUUCCGCCCAACCGCCUUUACGCCGCGUCCUCUCCAAGGCCGAGCUAGCCGAAUUUCAGCGCCCAUCUUCCGCCGCCGGGAGCACUCCCAACUCCGCUCCGGGACGGCGUUCGCCACCCCGACCCUCUCACCGCCGGUCCUCCAGGUUCCACCUGCCCCUCUCCUCCCUCCGGACCCCGAGACACAACAACCACGCGGAGAAACAGGCAACCUCGCCCCCUAGCUCGGCGAACAUGGACGACCCUAGGCACACCCACACCCCUCCCCGUCGCCCAUCUUCGGGAGGCGCCUCCCGCUGCUCCGAUGACAGCCCCCCGCCCGAAAGUCCCAAGACCCGGCCCUCCAAGAUGCCGUCGCUCCCGGUGCUAGGCACCACUCCGUCAAGCGGCGUUAAAUCACGCAAGAACUCAAGCUCAAACCUGCGCGGCGGCGGUAGUGGUGGUGGUGGUGGCGGCGGCGGCGGCGGCGGCGGAACUAAUGGUCACGGCCUUGGAUCCCUGAGCAUGGCGACCGAGCAGACGUGUCGGCAGCUGAGGGCGUACCGCAAGAAGCUGGCGUCGGCGGACGGUGCAAUCCAUGCCGACGCGUUGGCGCGGCUGGACGCCGAGUUGCGGCUGACGGCUGCUGCUCUGCGGGAGAGGGCGUCUCGUGGUCGAACCUCGGGAGGUGGUGCCGGCGCUGGCCAUCAUCGGGGGCACCGGGACAGAAAAGGGGACAGGAAAGCAGACGAUACCGGAGGCGACGACGACGUUGGCGAUGCUGGCUAUGAUGGCGGUCUCGGCCUCGGUCCCGGUCUCGGUCUCGGUCUCGGUCUCGGUGGGUUUUCCGGGAGGGAGGUCAGCGAGAUGGUCCUGAGCGGGCUGCUGGAUCAGUACAGCGAGCGGCUGGUGAGCAUGUUGGAUGAGAAGCUCCGGCUGAGGCUGAGCGAGGAGGAGAGGGACGCGCUGGCGAGGGAGCGGCCACCGACGGCAGGAGAGGACGCGGCCUCGUCAUCGUCCUCCUCCUCCUCCUCGUCGGGUACUUGCUCCGCCGGCGGCAGCUCGUUGGGUGGGGGUGCGGCGUGCGAGGAACCCGAGACGACAUGAUAUCGACACUCUCCAUACCUUCACACGUAAAGUAAUACUUAAUUCGCGGGGUGGUUUCCGUGAUGGGCCUGAUGGGGACUUUGUUGGGCUGGAAUAU